UUAUUCCUACACUGGCCACUGCGGCGUAUUGGCGCAAUACUCGCCGCGUGCCUGAUGAUGAUUGACAGAAGUGAACGCAUCGCUAAUUAUACACGCACGUGAAUCCACCUUAACGUUCUCCAUCUUUCCAGCUCUUAAGGUCCUUGUGUGAUGAACCCCAAAAGGCAAAAGAUCACAUUCACAUGGCUUCAUAAGCCAGUGGAAUCCCCGAGGAAGCUCAUGAGGAACAAUGUGGGCGUGGCACGACCCACAUGCUGGGAUGGAAAUGGCCAGGAUGAUGGUGUGAGCGAGCUCGGUUCUCCUGGCCUGAACACAUCCACCGGGUCAGCCGGACUGGGUGAAAUGGAAAACAUGGGUCUUAGCACACCCAAAACACGGACACCCAAAACACGUUUAAAGUUAACUGGAUGUCACAAGGCAUUGAGGAAAAGAAUCAUUCCUGAUGAGGACCCUGUUUCAGGACCAAAAUCCUCUGCUGGACCUUCACCUUCUGCUGAGAAGAAACGCAGCAGUUCGGAUAAGGGGUUGAAGGUUAUUUACCUCAAAGCCCUGAGUGACGCGAUGGGGAAUGCGGACAAUAAGUCACCUAGCAGUGGGUCUAAGAAGCCUUCUCGAAAAUCUCUUGACGCACCUGUGAAAGUAGAAAAGGAAGACGACUCCUGUGAUGACCUUGGCUGCUGCUCAUUUACUGAAAUGAUAAUGACCAAGGACCAGGAGCCUCCUCCAUUGGAGUUCAUAGACACCGAAGAUGACCAGACGGCAAUAAAGACGAACACAAGGAGUGUGAUCUUAAAGCGGUCAGAAUCACCGGAUUGGUCUGAUUUCGAGGAUGCGGAGAAAGUUAAAGUCUACUCCCAGGACGAAUCCUUCAAGCCAGAGAUGGGCCGAAAAUCUCGUGAGUUUGUGAACGUCAGUGAUGCACUUCCGGCAUUGGAAUACAUAACACCAGUGUUCAGUUCUUCAGAAUUUCCACAAGAACACUCAAAAUUGGAAUCUUGGGAACACCAAUGUCGAGAAGCUGACCCUGUUCUGCCUACAAAAGAUGUGGAGAUUUUUUCAGAAAAUCCAGUCUCUGUUUUUGCACCCCCUAGAAGCUAUUUGCGUUGUAGUUCACCAAGAUUGUCCUUUCAGCAUGCAGUUGUUAAUGCCUCCCCAUCUGUGGAUUCUUUCCUCGUGCCCAGUCGGGCAUAUCGAUCUGUAAUAUCUGCCCCCUCUACGCCCGGCAGCCGGGGCUGUUCACCUUCUACAACUUCAAGUACUCGCGCAUCAUCACAUAUGCGUUUUGCUCCGGACUGUGCCACCCGCAGGAUGUCGGCUGGCUCGGAGCCCCUUUGGCUUUCGGGAUUGGAUUACUCAUCGGCAGACUUUGGAUUUAUUGACACGCAUUGUCACCUUGACAUGCUUUAUGCGAAGCUGGGCUUCCAGGGAAGUUUCCAAAGAUUUCAAGCCAAGUAUGCAAGCAGUUUCCCAGUGGAGUAUAGGGGUUGCAUUGCAGACUUCUGUCACCCACGACUCACAAAUAAAGAUGCCAUCUGGGAGGGGCUUCUCGGAGAGGAGCAUGUGUGGGGGGCUUUCGGUUGCCACCCCCAUUUUGCUAAGGAGUAUAACCAAACUCACGAGCAAAGUAUCAUGGAUGCUAUGCGUCACCCUAAGGCCAUUGCGUUUGGAGAGAUCGGUCUGGAUUACUCUCAUAAAAAUUCCACAGACACCAGGAAACAGAAAGAGGUGUUCACACGGCAGUUGCAGCUGGCCGUAUCUCUUGGAAAGCCCAUAGUUAUACAUUGCCGUGAUGCUGAUGAUGAUGUGCUGGAAAUUAUGAAGAAGUGUGUCCCCAGAGAUUACAAAAUACACCGACACUGUUUCACCAACAGCUACUCUGUGAUUGAGCCGUUUCUGAGUGAAUUCUCGAAUUUGUGUGUGGGUUUUACCGGACUGAUCACAUACUCCCGUGCCGCGGAGGCUCGAGACGCUGUGAGGAAAAUUCCACUUGAUAGAAUCUUGCUGGAAACGGAUGCACCAUAUUUCCUACCCAGACAGGUGCCUAAAUUUGUAUGCAGGUUUGCUCACCCUGGUAUGGGCAUACACACGCUACGUGAGAUUAGCCUGCUUAAGGGAGAGAUGCUACAGACAGUACUGCAAAAAGUUCGCCAGAACACUAAACAUAUAUAUGGCCUAUAAUUAACAGCUUUAUGUGACUACCUCCUGUACAGCUCCUUUAUUUCUACCAUAGAAAAAAUAGCAGUAUUUUGCUGCUGUAAGCUUUAAAGAGCUAGUUAAAGAGCCUGUUAUUAAGUAUGGGAUCUUUUUGACAUUUUCUUUACAUUUAACAGUGUCUGCAAAAAAAGAGGUUGCAGCUUUAAAGUUCAUUGUAAUAUACUCUGUUAAGUUACGAUGAUUCUUACAUUGUUGUGGGAAUUUCACAUCUGUUAAAAAAGUUACUAAUUUUAAGAUCUGUUUUCUGUUUUUAAUGUUUCUCUGUGUUUGCAAGUUUCCUUCAUUCAUUUGUCUGCAUUUGUUCUUACAAGUUACGCAUACUUGUGACAUAAGUGACAUUAAAUGCCAGCUUGUGUCUUCUGUUGUAUUAAAAUAUCUCUGCAUUAUCAAGUGAAAUUUAUGUAAAAAAAAAAAUUUAAAUAAGAAGCUAAACAGAUUGUGUAAACCCACAACUAAGUUUUUACCAAGUUGUUGGUUUUAUAAAUGUAUCUUUUUUCAGAGCUGCAAGAUUGAAUAAAUAUAUAUAUGCAACACGAA